UGCGUUUGCGUCAUCGCGCCACGCCACCACCGGAGCCCGGGCGAAGAUGGCGGCAGCCGUUCUGAGCGGGCCCUCGGCGGGCUCCGCGGCCGGGGUGCCCGGCGGGACCGCGGGUCUGUCGGCGGUGGGCUCGGGCCCGCGUCUCCGCCUGCUGCUGCUAGAGAGCGUGUCCGGGUUGCUGCAGCCGCGCGCGGGGAGCGCCGUGGCGCCUGUGCAUCCCCCGGUGCGCUCGGCCCCGCACUUGCCCGGGCUCAUGUGCCUCCUGCGGCUGCAUGGGACGGUGGGCGGGGCCCAGAACCUGUCAGCUGUUGCGGCAUUGGUGGGUCUCAGUAACGCACGGCUCGGUUCCAUCAAAACCCGGUUUGAGGGCCUGUGUCUGCUGUCCCUGCUGGUGGGGGAGAGCCCCACGGAGAUGUUCCAGCAGCACUGCGUGUCCUGGCUCCGGAGCAUUCAGCAGGUCCUGCAGUCCCAGGACCCGCCCCCCACAAUGGAGCUGGCUGUGGCUGUCCUGAGGGACCUGCUCCGCUACGCGGCCCAGCUGCCCACGCUCUUCCGGGACAUCUCCAUGAACCACCUCCCCGGCCUCCUCACCUCCCUGCUGGGCCUCAGGCCGGAGUGUGAGCUCUCCGCGCUGGAGGGAAUGAAGGCCUGCAUGACCUACUUUCCUCGGGCCUGUGGGUCUCUCAGAGGCAAGCUGGCCUCAUUUUUCCUGUCCCGGGUGGAUGCCCUGAGCCCUCAGCUCCAGCAGCUGGCCUGUGAGUGUUACUCCCGGCUGCCGUCGCUGGGGGCUGGCUUCUCCCAGGGCCUGAAGCACACGGAGAGCUGGCAGCAGGAGCUGCGUAGCCUGCUGGCCUCCCUGCACAGCCUGCUGGGGGCCUUGUAUGAGGGCGCAGAGACAGCCCCUGUGCAGUAUGAGGGCCCCGGGGUGGAGGUGCUGCUCACGCCCUCGGAGGAUGGGGACGCGCACGCCCUCCUCCGGCUCCGACAGCGCUUCUGCGGACUGGCCCGCUGCCUGGGGCUCAUGCUCAGCUCUGAGUUUGGGGCUCCCGUGUCCGUCCCUGUGCAGGAAAUCCUGGACGUCAUCUGCCGAACGCUCAGCAUCAGCGCGAAGAACAUCAGCUUGCUUGGAGACGGUCCCCUGCGGCUGCUACUUCUCCCCUCCAUCCACCUGGACGCCUUGGACCUGCUCUCCGCACUCAUCCUCGCGUGUGGAGGCCGCCUCUUGCGCUUCGGGGGCCUGAUCAGCCGCCUGCUUCCCCAGGUCCUCAAUGCCUGGAACCUGGGUAGGGAUACCCUCUCUCCAGGCCAGGAGAGGCCUUACAGCACCGUGCGGACCAAGGUGUACGCAGUGCUGGAGCUGUGGGUGCAGGUGUGUGGGGCCUCGGCAGGAGUGCUGCAGGGGGGCGCCUCGGGGGAGGCCCUGCUCUCCCACCUGCUCAGUGACAUCUCCCCGCCGGCGGAUGCUCUGAAGCUGCGCAGCCCGCGGGGGAGCCCGGACGGGGGGCUGCAGACCGGGAAGCCCAGCGCUCCCAAGAAGCUGAAGCUGGAUCUGGGGGAGGCCAUGGCCCCGCCCAGCCACCGGAAGGGGGACAGCAACGCCAACAGUGACGUGUGCGCGGCCGCGCUGAGAGGCCUCAGCCGGACAGUCCUCAUGUGCGGGCCUCUCAUCAAGGAGGAGACUCACAGGAGACUGCACGACCUGGUCGUGCCCCUGGUCAUGGGGCUGCAGCGGGGCGAGACCCUGGGCAGCUCCCCGUACACCAGCUCCCGUUGCCGCCAGGAGCUGUACCGCCUGCUGCUGGCCCUGCUGCUGGCGCCGUCCCCCCGCUGCCCGCCGCCGCUCGCCUGCGCCCUGCAGGCCUUCUCCCUCGGCCAGCGCGAGGACAGCCUCGAGGUGUCGUCCUUCUGCUCGGAAGCGCUGGUGGUCUGUGCUGCCCUGACCCACCCCCGGGUUCCUCCCCUGCAGCCCACCGGCCCCACCUGCCCCACGCCUGCCCCCGUCCCCCCUCCUGAGGCCCCGUCUCCGUUCAGGGCUCCCCCCUUCCAUCCCCCGGCGGGCCCCCCGCCCCCGGCGCGGCCCGGACCUCCAGCCGCAGCCAACCACUUAGGCUUGUCUGUCCCGGGCCUGGUGUCCGUACCCCCCCGGCUCCUUCCCGGCCCUGAGAACCACCGGGCCGGCUCCAGUGAGGAUCCCGUGCUCGCCCCGGGUGGCAGCCCUCCGCCCGCUCUGCCCCCGGAUGAGACUUUUGGGGGCAGAGUGCCCAGGCCGGCCUUCGUCCACUACGAUAAGGAGGAGGCGUCCGACGUGGAGAUCUCCUUGGAAAGCGACUCAGACGACAGCGUGGUGAUCGUGCCCGAGGGGCUGCCGCCGCUGCCGCCCGCGCCCGCCUCGGGCGCCACACCCCCGCCUGCGGCUCCAGCCGGGCCCCCCACGGCCUCCCCUCCUGUGCCCGCCAAGGAGGAGCCCGAGGAGCUUCCCGCGGCGCCGGGGCCUCUCCCGCCGCCGCCGCCCCCGCCUGCGCCGGGCCCGGUGGCGCUGCCGCCCCCCCAGCUGGUCCCUGAAGGGACUCCUGGGGGCGGGGGGCCUCCCUCCCUGGAGGAAGACCUGACGGUCAUUAACAUCAACAGCAGCGACGAGGAGGAGGAGGAGGAGGAGGAGGAGGAGGAGGAGGACUUUGAGGAGGAGGAGGAGGAGGAGGAGUACUUUGAGGAGGAGGAGGAGGAGGAGUUCGAGGAGGAGUUCGAGGAGGAGGAGGAGGAGGGGGAGUUGGAGGACGACGACGACGACGACGAGGACGACGACGACGAGCUGGAGGAGCUGGACGAGGCGGACUUUGGCCCGGCGGGGGGGCCGGCGGAGGCGGGGGGCCCUGCGCCGCCAAGCCCCGCCCCGGCUCCGCCCCCUGCCUCGUCCCCGGGGGUGCGAGCGGCGCCCGAGGCCGAGCCCGGGCUGCUGCUGGAGGUGGAGGAGCCGGCGGCCGACGACGACGACGACGAGGACGAGGACGACGACGACGACGACGAGGAGGAGGAGGAGGAGGAAGACGGGGGGGAGGGGCCGGGGGCCCGGGCCGCCCCCACGCUGGCCCCUGAGGUGCUGCCCUCGCAGGGGGAGGGGCCGCAGGCCGCCGGGAGCCCCCCAGCCGGGCCGCCGUCGCAGGAGCUUGUGGAGGAGGAGCCCUCGGCUCCCCCGACGCUGCUGGAGGAGGGGGCUGACAGUGGGGGUGACGGGGUGCGCCGCCCCCCCCCCGAGACACCCGCCGCAGAAGAGGCGGCGGCCGAGGCGGAGGCCGAGACGGCAGCCCUCCAGGAGAAGGAGCAGGAUGACACGGCCGCCAUGCUGGCUGACUUCAUCGACUGUCCCCCUGAUGACGAGAAGCCACCGCCGGCCCCGGAGCCUGAUUCCUAGUGCGCUCCUGCACGCGCCCGCCCUCCUGCUUUCCAAUAAACUUACGUUCUGGGGUAUCACCUGCCGCUCCCGCCUGUUGCAGCACCGCGUCCCCGGCCGGGCUCUCCGAGGCACCCGGAGCGCUCCGCACGGCUGUCCGUGCUGCCCCCCCCCACCCCCCCGGGUUCCUCCCCGGCAGCCGGCGGGGCCGGGCGUUCCCGCUGCUCGCCCUUUGCGCGCUCGGUGUGCCGCGCGCCGGGCUCCCCGGCGGUUACGACCACGAGCGAGGACGCGGCGCUGCUUGUCCGGGUCCAGCCGUGGGAACGUGGGGGGUCAGCACGGCGUGUCCCUGCGAGUGAAGGUGGACGGACGCGGACGGACACACACACACACACACACACACACACACACACACGUGUGUCUCCCUCGGCCCAGGCUGCUCGGGAUGGGACGUAGAGAAACAGGAAAGGUACGGAGGAGUCCGGUCCUUGAGUCCGUGAAGUGUGAGCCCAGUUCCGGGGCUGGGCCUUCCAGUGACUGUACCCUCCCCCUGCGGGAGUUUGAGAAGCUCGCCCGCGCUCUCCUCCGCGUGGAGCCGUGGCCGCGUGGCAGCCAGCGUCUGGUCCCCGUCAACACACUGACCCUCGGCCUUGGGCCCCUCGUGUGCGCGGGAGCGGGUAGGACAUGCGCCUGCUGCGGCGCGAACAUGAGUCGAAUGCCUUGGAACUGCAGAAAGGGGAGCGUGUAUCCUGAUGGGCUCCUUCAGUGACAUUGGAGCCCAUUUUUGGCAACUUACUUGGGUUUAAACAAAUUUCCCCCCAACUUGGUAUCUUGAGAAGCCCCACCCCUGCAGAAAGGCUGGAAGAGGAGUGUGACCUUCACGUAGACUCACCGGUUGCAAACGUUCUCCCGUGUUGGUGUUUAUGUCCAUGUGGCUGUGUCAUGUACAGACAUGUGCGUUUGUAUGCGCACGUGCAUCUCUGCCCAUAAUCAGCCCAUUCACACCUGUACAUGUUUCUUUUCUUCGUGGGAUCGUGUAAAAGUCAGUCGCAGACCUGCCCUUUUCCUCUGAAUUCUUCAAUAUUAUCUCCUGAGAUUAAGGACUUUUUUUUAUGUAAUCACGAUACCACCAUCACACCUGAGAAAAGUAAUUCAGUAAUAGUGCAUAUAGACUGAUACUCAAAUUUCCUUGCUUCUUGAAAUGUCUUUUGUUUACUUUUUAUUUUGAUUCAAGUUCAAGAGGUGUUUCAGGGGCAGAGGACCACUUGCAGCUUAAGGACCGCUGAGGGACAGAAGUGUAGGAAUCCUGCAAUAGUGAUUUUUCAAAAAUGGGAAGCACCUGAAUUCUGGAAAGUGUACGUGGAUAAAGUUGAUAUUGACCCCGAG